UCCAACAUGGGUCGCGCUAUCCCCUACGCCACUUGACCAAAUAUGCAAGUUAUGUGAUGACGUCAUUCAUCGAAUUUUAGAAUAGCCAAUAGCUACUUUCCUUGCUGACCGGUUGGCAAUGGCAACAGUGGCGGCGGCGUUCCUCACCGUUAGCUUGCCGGGGUUGUUGCUGGUUAAGUGGAUGUAGUGAGAAAACAUGAACAGAGCGCCAGAAAGCGGACAACCAACCGCUGUUCAAUGUUGGACGAAUACACCGCUUAUUGAAAGGAAGAAAAGUAAAAAUCAGCAGGCUCUAAACAGGAACGUGUUCAGAGACCGAAAGACUCGAAUUGAUUUUGUCCUGGUGUGGGAGGAGCUUCGGGGUGCUAAUGAGAACGGCACAGGUGAUGGCGCCAUCCAGAGGAAGUGGAGGGAACAGUUUCUGAGCAGACUGAAACAAGUAGGCCUGCUGCAGGAGCAGAGGGAGGUCGUCAAGGCGAAGAAAAGGAUCCACUUCGUCCUCCUCAGCGCCCCCUGGAGGGUCCUCUGCUACUUCGCUGAGGAGAUCAAUCUCAAAGUCCCGCUGGAGGUGGUCACUGAUCCGAUGACCAACUGGUCCGAACACUUCCUGUCCAAGCUGUCCCUCCCCAAUCCGCUGGCCCAGAACGUCCCCAACCCACCGCUGGAAUACUUCACCUGUCAGUUCAAGUCCCACAAGCUGGAGAGGUUCCUGGGAAGUGACAACAAAGAGACAUUUUUUAAGACCACCCAGAGACACCAAGUGCUGUAUGAGAUCCUGGCCAGAACUCCGUACGGUUGUGUGAACCGGGGCGAGGUGGGCAUCGACCGUCUGAUCAGUGAGGAAGUCUUCACGGCAGCGUACCCUCUGCAUGAGGGGGAGUACAAGAUGCCGGAACACCCAGUGCCCCCCGAGUCUCUAGGACUGAGGCAGAUCCUGAAUAAGUACUGGUCCAAGUGGUCCUGCUGGAGGCGCUACCAACCUCUGGGCCACAUCAGGGAGUAUUUUGGGGAAAAGAUAGCUCUCUACUUUGCAUGGAUCGGUUUCUACACUGCCUGGCUGCUGCCUGCAUCUCUGAUUGGGACUGUGGUUUUCCUGUUGGGUUUUGCACAUUUGUUCUCUGACGUCCCAGCGAAGGAGGUGUGUGCGAGCAAAGACACUUUCAUCAUGUGUCCUCUCUGUAACAUCUGCUCCACUUGGAACUAUUCCAGCAUCUGCAUCACCUAUAAGGCGGGUCUCCUGUUUGAUAAUUGGGGGACAGUGUUUCUCAGCCUCUUCAUGUCUUUGUGGGCCGUCACCUUCCUGGAGUACUGGAGGAGAACUUCUUCCACUCUUUCCCACCGCUGGGGCUGCUCUGACUUCGAGGACAUUGAGGAGCGUCCGCGUCCAGAGUUCUCAGCCAUGGCGCCGAUGACCACGAGGAACCCAAUCACUGGAGCUGAGGAACCUUACUUUCCUGAGAAUAAACGCUUCAACAGAACCAUGACUGGAUGCAUGGUCAUCAUUGUCAUGAUUUCUGUGGUCCCGAUAUUCCUCAUUGCCAUCAUUUUGUACCGUACCAUCCUCAGAAUCUUCCUCUACAAGUCAACUACAACUGACAGCUCCUCUGCUGGGACGAUAGCCAGCAUUUCAGCAUCAGUGCUGAACCUGAUCAUUAUCUUGACAUUGUCCAGAAUUUACACGUGGCUGGCUGGCGUCCUCACACGCUGGGAGAUGCAUCGCACUCAAACCAAAUAUGAAGACAUGUUCAUCCUCAAAGUUUUCGUAUUCCAGUUUGUGAACUUCUACUCAACUCCAGUCUACAUCGCCUUCUUCAAAGGCAGGUUUGUUGGUUACCCUGGAAUGUACGACACUCUGUUUGGGAUCCGCAACGAAGAGUGUGGAGCCGGCGGGUGUCUUAUUGACCUGGCUCAGGAGCUGCUGGUCAUCAUGGUGGGAAAACAGAUGAUCAACAACGUCCAUGAAUUCAUCUCCCCGAAGGUUCAGGCGUGGUGGCAGAGAAACAAAAUGCGUCGUCCACAGAUGGGAGUGGAGGGGCCUCAGACGAUGAUGAAGGUUUCUCCUUGGGAGGCAGAUUACGACCUGCUGGUCUGUGAGGGACUCUUCGGUGAAUAUCUGGAGAUGGUGCUUCAGUUUGGUUUCAUCACCAUCUUCGUGGCGGCGUGUCCUCUUGCUCCUCUCUUCGCUCUCAUGAACAACUGGGUGGAAAUCCGUUUGGACGCUCAGAAGUAUGUGAAGGAAUACCGCCGCCCGGUGGUGGAGCGAGCUCAGGACAUCGGCAUCUGGUUUCACAUCCUGCAGUUCAUCUCACACAUAGCCGUCAUCAGCAACGCUUUUCUCAUUUCCUUCACCUCGUCCUUUGUGCCUCGGAUGUACUACCGCUACACCAGAAACAGCACCCUGACCGGCUUCGUCAACUUCACCCUGGCAACAGCCCCUCUCAACCACAACACCACCUGCAAGUACAGAGGUUUCAGGGAUGAUAACGGUGAAUAUCUGCCAGAGUACUUUCACCUCAUUGCUAUACGACUCAGCUUCGUCGUCGUUUUUGAGCAUGUGGUCUUCUUCAUCGGCCGACUGAUUGACCUGAUAGUGUCUAACAUCCCAGAAGAGGUGGAGCUUAAGAUAAAGAGAGAGCACUACAUGGCUAAACAGGCGCUGGCUGAGAAUAAGGCUUUGGGGAAAUCAAUUACGCCGAAUGAGAAGGACGUUAUGUCAAGUCAACGAGGAUCCAGAGGCAUAAUUCAGUUCGAAAACCCCAUUCCAUCACCAAUGAAUCUGAACACAAUCCCAAAGAAAAAGAAUCCAGAGCAAACGGAUCCAGAGAAAACAGAUCCAGAGAAAAAGGAUCCAGAGAAACAAGAUCCCGCUAGCGGCUGCUGACCUGAAGCCCGACUGCAUCAGAACCGGUUCCUGUGGAGGUUUUACAACCUGCAGAAUGGGCCUCCUUCUGGACGUUUACUGGAUUUAUAUAAAAUAAUUUAGCUUUCCAACGUGUCAUAGAACAGUGUGCCGGUCAAGUAUCUUCCUACCUUUACCUUCUGAACCCGUAAGACCUGUGAGAUUUCUGAGAAACUCUCCUGAGAACUUUGACCGACCCAAAGCUUCUCAGGAACUUCCUCAAACAGAGAGGCUGGAAUUAGAACCACUUAAAAUGAAAAUGUGUUUUAUUCUGCUGCUGGAGGGAACUGAAGCUUAUUCCAAGGUGUUUGUGAUGUACCAUCAUAUUUAGAAAAACUUACAUCUCCAGCACAGGCAUUGUGGAUGUGGGAACUUACAUUGGGCGUAGCUUGGGCUAUGAAUGUUUGUGUUUUGGUCACUUGCAGAGAUAUAAAUUAGUCUGCAUUUGCAGCAUGAGAUUAUUUUCAUUUCUUCCGGCUGCUCAGCUGUUGGUCAAUUAAUGUAGAUUUUUAAAAUAUUUUAAAUUUGGCUCAUUUAAAAGCAUCACUAACUAACUAACUAAAUAUUUACUGAA